CGUUCCUCUGGCCAGUGUAAACAUGCAAGAAAGGUGGGUUUUGAUUGGAUACCAGAUUCUUCAGCGUUCGAAACGUUUACCUGCCGCACAAUGCUGAUUGGUUAGUUUGGCACAGCUGUGUUUAAGGUGAUGGAGGGUUGAACUUCGUGUGCAGAUAAAGAAAUGGAUCUUGUACUCAGUAUUGCCGAUCACUACUUCUUCACGCCCUAUGUCUACCCGGCGACGUGGCCGGAGGAUGACGCGCUUCGGCAAAUCCUGGGACUCUUGGCGGUGACCAACCUCGGAGCUGCCGCCCUCUACCUGGUCCUGGGGUCUCUGAGUUAUUACUUCGUCUUCGACCACACGCUGAUGAAACACCCGCAGUUUCUGGAAAACCAGGUGAGGAGGGAGAUCUGCUAUGCCAUGCAGUCCUUGCCAUGGAUCAGCCUGCCUACAGUGGCCCUGUUCUUUGCUGAAAUUAGGGGUUACAGCAAGCUGUACGACAGCGUUGACGACUCCCCUUAUGGCUGGCUGGGAGUGAUCCUCAGCAUGGUUUCCUUUCUGUUCUUCACUGACAUGAGUAUCUACUGGAUCCAUCGGCUCCUUCACCACAAGCUCAUUUACAAGUAUUUCCACAAGCCCCACCACACCUGGAAGAUCUCCAGCCCCUUUGCCAGUCAUGCCUUCCAUCCUGUGGAUGGCUUCCUGCAGGGCCUGCCCUACCACAUCUACCCGUUCCUCUUCCCCCUGCACAAGGUGGCCUACCUGGGGCUGUACGUCUUCGUCAACGUCUGGACCGUGUCUAUCCACGAUGGAGACUACCGCGUCCCCCGCUUCCUGCAGGCCACCAUCAACUGCUCGGCCCACCACACCGACCACCACCUCUUCUUCGACUACAACUACGGGCAGUACUUCACUCUGUGGGACCGCAUCGGAGGCUCGUACCGACUCCCCUCUGCUUUCCAGGGAAAAGGACCUCUCGAGCAGAUCAGGAAGCUGCAGGAGGAAGGCCAGCACACGAGUGGAGGCGCUGAGAGCGGCACAGCCCAUAAAAACGACUGAGCACAAUUUUCUGAACCUCGUCGCACGAAACGCUCCCUCAUAGCGCCACCUAUUGCCUUGUGAUUUAUUAAUACACUUUAACAACUAUUAAAGGGUAUUUCUGUUACUGUGUGCUUUAGUUAUGGCCUGAAAUACCCUUUCAUUGUUUGAUUUGAGUGUGUGUCGAUGAAGCUGUUGUUUAGCUGCACACAGCCCAUGCUGUUUAAACACCAGCUUGCUGACUGAGUGUAAGGGAUCACAGCUGUGGGACAAGACUAAUGUAAAGGACAGUAAUGCUGUAACACAAGAACAUCUUCCAGUCCUGUUACAUUCUAGCGAUGAUUUACAUACGUUUCAUGCGUAACACAAUACUAGCACGCGCAACACUCAAUAAUACUUCAAGGAUGCAGAAACCAGGUGGAAAUGUGGGAUUCAUUUCUGACACAAAAUGAAAGCAACAGCAAUAAAGAAUGAGGCAGUGCG